UCUCCUUUUCCUUCUCUUUCUCCUUCUCCUUUUCCUUCUCUUUCUCCUUCUUCUUUUCCUUCUCAGCUGUCUCUUCCCCAGCAAAAGCAUCGUCCUCCUUCCAAUGGGUUCUCUGGUUGCCAAGUUGCUCCUGCCAACAGUCAGCAGCCUGGCUUUCCUCCCGACAAUCAGCAUUGCAGCCAAGAGGCAAUUCCACAUGGAAGCCAUGGUCUAUUUCUUCACCAUGUUCUUUGUAUCGAUUUACCAUGCGUGCGACGGACCUGGUUUAGCCAUUCUCUGUUUCAUGCAAUACGAUCUCCUGGAGUAUUUCAGCAUUUAUGGGACCGCUUUAUCCAUGUGGGUGUCACUGAUAGCCCUGGCAGAGUUUGAUGAACCAAAGCGGUCAACCUUUGUGAUGUUCGGAGUACUCACCAUAGCGGUCAGGAUCUACCAUGACCGGUGGGGAUACGGCGUCUAUUCAGGACCCAUUGGAACAGCUGUCCUCAUGAUAACAGUGAAAUGGUUGCAGAAGAUGAAAGAGAAGAAAGGGCUGUAUCCAGACAAAAGUGUCUACACCCAGCAGAUUGGGCCCGGCUUCUGCUUCGGAGCUCUUGCUUUGAUGCUGAGGUUCUUUUUCGAGGAAUGGGAUUAUACUUAUGUCCACAGCUUCUACCACUGUGCCUUGGCCAUGUCUUUUGUCCUUCUCCUGCCCAAAGUGAACAAGAAAGCCGGGAACGGUGGCGCUCCUGCGAAGCUGGACUGUUCAACGCUUUGCUGUUGUGUUUGA